GAAGCUGCCACAAUCUGUGGAUUUACCAAACUAUAUUAUCUAAGUAUAUGACAGAUUAAAGCUUUUCUUAUCUGUUUUGUUUACUACAAGUAAAACUCUUAAGUAAAUUUUGACUUCCCAGGAACCUGGAAAUUUCACAAAUAAACGAAUGUUAACAAAGAAGCUUCAGACUAGUGUAUCUUUACGAAAUGAUAGCAAGGAUCAUGGUUGUAGAUUUUCACGUUCAAACGCUCAAUGCACCAUUCAAGAAGAAUGUGAUCGUGUUUCAUUGACUCGUACGACUAGUGUUAGAUCCACGGUAGAGUUUCCUCCGAAUAUAGACGAGAAAGAUCUAGAAAUAUUAGGUGAAAUUGGAAGUGGAGCAUAUGGUAGAGCUUUAAAAGUAAAACACCGACAAUCUAAUUGUUUGUUGGUUCUUAAAGAGGUUAUUGAACAAAACAAAGCAAUCGAGGCAACUAUUAUACGCGAAGUUUCAUUACUUCAAAAUUUAAAACAUACAAAUAUUUUAACAAUUGUCGGUGUGGUUAUUCGAAAUAGACAAUUUUGUCUUAUUACUGAAUAUAUUGAAAAAGGUAGUUUACAUUCAUUAUGCUUGGAUAAAAUUAAAUAUCCAUUUGAUUGGAUUAAAAUAAUAACAUUUGGUCGUGAUAUUGCAUCAGGGAUGGCUUAUUUACAUAAACAUGACGUUAUACAUCGGGAUUUAACAACUCUUAAUUGUCUUGUACGACAAGAUGACUCUGUAGUUGUGUCUGAUUUCGGAUUGUCAAAAUUAGUUCGGUCAAUUCCGUCUUGUAGUCAGGAAACGGAAGAAAAAUGCUCCGAUCACACGACAACAAAUGACUCCGCACCAAUAAUUCAAGAUUCUUCUUCUGAUACUUCAAAUAACGCCGAUGUUCAACGUAAUCAUACUCCUCGUCUUAGACGUCAUCAUGCAUACAACCAUCCAAGAAGACAUACUGUAGUUGGUAGUCCAUACUGGAUGGCUCCAGAAAUGAUAGUUGGUCAACCAUAUGAUAAUUCAGUGGAUGUAUAUUCAUUUGGCACAAUUAUGUGUCAAUUAAUUUUACGUACAAAUGCUGAUCCAGAUAACUUAAUACGUGAUGCAAAAACUUUCUGUAUAGAAAUGGAUGAAUUAAUGAAACUAGAAAAUUUUCCGAUCAAUACACCACCAAUAUUAUUAAACAUGACAAGUCAAUGCGUUUCAUUGGAUCCAAGAAAUAGACCUUGUUUCGAUUUAUGUGUUGGGCUACUGGAACAAUGUUUAUUAUACUUAUUAUCUGGACAUCAAUCACAACAGGUUAUAGUUGGAAAUUCUGCUAAAGACAUUUCCACAGUUGAUGACAACAAUACAGAGAGGGGUGAUUCUGAUCAUUAGAAUCUUGAUGUUAAUAAAUAUUGAUCAAUAGUACAUAUAUAUCCUUGUAUACAUAUUCGUAAUGAUCUUUUGAUAUGAUAAUAAUUUCUUAAGCAAGAAAGAUAUUUGUAAAUUUUCUUUUUAGUUCACUAACUUGGUUAUAUUUUCCACUUGAUCAUAUCAUAGCUAUAAGUUUCAACUCGAAUGAAAUGAUAUCUUAUGCAUACCCUACUGUUGUAUGAAUUUUUAUUAUCCGAAUAUUAUAUUUCUAUGUUAUUGCACGAAGCAAUAAAUCUCUAUUUUAAUGUGAAAUUAAGUUUUGUAUCCUGUUUCCCUGUUACUAAUCCAUUCCUUAUUUUUUUUAUCGGUUAUGACUUAUAUUGAAUGGAUAAAUAAAAUGAGAUUACAACUCUUCAACCACUUAAUUGUAAUCAUUAUACUUUUCUGUAUUGGUGUUUGGAGCCAUUUGAUAAAGAAAUAGGACUGAUUAUUUUAUUUUGAUUUUAUUGAAUUCUUUAAGCUUAAUGGUUGAAUUGUAAAGUUUUCGUUGUUCUUCUGGACAACAUGUUCAGUGUCUUGUUGACGUAAAAAUGCCUUGUUUAAUUACUAUCCUACAAGCGUUUAAUCAAUCUAUGCUGACAAAUUUAUCUGUGACUCUUUGUCUUCGUAGUUUUGUUAACUUUUGGUUUGUAUUUUUAUUUGAUUUGUCGCUUUCCACGUAACUGGUUGUCUGUUUCCGUAUAGAUUUGUAGAUUAAGUCUAUAUAAAUACAGUUAUUGGUUAUUUUUUGGCAUGAUUUCAGAAAUUUUCUAUCAUUCUUUGAAUUUCCAUGUUUCAGAAUUAGUUUCUGCAUUAAUCUAUUCAGCUCUUCAUUUAUCAAGUAUUUCAUAAUUUAAAAAUAAUACCUCGCUUUUACAUUAUGAAUAGCCUUGUAGAGGAUACUUUUCUUUUGAAGUUAAACCGCUGAGGAUUUAUAUUAAAAACUACCUGUUCUCCUGAUAGUAAUAUUCAGAACUUGAGGCAUCCAGUGUAUUUUACCAUUGGAUUGGAGAUCUACCAUAAUUAUCUCGAUCGACAAAAUAGGAUCCAAGCGACACAAAUCGAUUCGUUGACCAUUUUGUUGUAAAAAUGUUGAUAAGAAUUAUUAAGACCAUUAUCUUUUUGUAAUCCAACUUCUUGUUGAUCAAUACACAAUCAACUCUCCACCAUCAAGAGAGAGCUGGGAGCAGUCUUUAGAUAAAAGGAAGCCAGGGAGUUUAACUUACAUUGACUUUAUUAAGUCAUUUGACAAUCUGACAUUUUUGGCUUUUAUUGAAAUUCUGAAAUUUACCUAAGAUUCCCUUAUUGGUCAGGAAAGUAGAGUAAAAAAUUUUCAGUUUCCCCUUGGAAUCCGGCAUUCAGGCGCAAGUUACAAGUAGCAGUAAAAUGUCUACUGCUCUUUAUGGUGAUAUAUCGAACGGAAGUGUUGGAUUACUGUAACAUUUUUCGCCAAGCCAACUAAAUUAGUUAAAUAUUUUGUGAGAUGACGGCUUCUAUUCACCAGUUGUAUCGGUCUUUUAGUUUGGAUUUAUAUAUUGAUUUUCUGAUAUAAAUUACCAAUCUGAUCACCUCAGUCACCUGAUUAAUUUUGUUAACCGUUUUUGGUAAGUAAUGGGUUGGUGGAGUGUUUAAUCUCAUAGCUAGCAUCACGAAAUAACCGUUGAGAACCAGGAAGCACUGGACAGUAAUCCCGUCCUCCUGUGAGACUCCUCGGCAUUGCGUAUCUACAAACGUACUGGGGAUCGAACCCCAGAUCUCCAAAUCUCGUAACGAGCAAUUACACCAGAUGAGACAGCGACUGUUCAGAUUUACUUCUAG